AUGCAUGAUGUGGAUCAAGAAAACUGGGAAGUCGAUGAAAGCAAUGGGUUAGAAGAGAGCGACAAAGAAAGUGAGCAUGAUGAUGGCCCAUUGUAUGAGUUUGACACAGGAGAGAAGCUUGUGACAGACACUGACUAUGUGUUCUGUCUGGAGACUGUAUUCAUUAUUACAUACUCCACCAUAAACUCCUACAUUCAUACCUCCAAUAUGCUAGAGCCAGAUUAUCGCAUUGGACGAGGUCACACUCUGACCUGCUGGCAAUGCACCUUCAAGACUGCAUGGAAUGAUCUCUCAAAAAGGCAGCCUAGCAGUCACCACUACCACAUGGACAUCCCCAAUUGGACAAGUUGUAUUCUCACCUUGGAAAUCGAGACCACAGCACUGGUAACACCUCAGAUGGUGAUGAUCAAGACCAUGAAGGGACAAGACUGGCUCUCAGCCAAAACAUGCACAGAUGACAUGGACAUUCUUGACAAUGAAACGCCAGUGGACCUUUGGCUGAAUGAAGGCUCGGAUAAAGAAGAAGCUCACUUCCAAAGCAUUGGCAAAUCUCUGGUUGAGGCUGGGGAGAUGGUUCUCCAGCAAGCAGGAAAGGAUCAGGGAAUUUGGAUGCAAGGGAUGACCCGGCAUGAUCUUAUGACCAAGGCAAUGGCGGUCAUUGAAGAUUUUCUGAGAGUAAUGCAUUGGGAUGAACAUAGCAGGCUUGGACAUACUUGGCUAAAAGGUAUCACCAACAAGCUAUCACAUUCUGAAAACUUAUUUACUUACUGCUGUUACAUGAUAUAUCAUUUACUCCCUUUUCCCUUCCCCUCUCCAUUCAACUGUCCUGCUGAGCUCCUCAUUCGACAAGCACCAUCAUUGCCCAGAAAUUUUCAUAAAAUGGCAAUCUCAUGCAGACACAUCAUAGCAAGCCACUGGCUAGCCAAGGCUCUCAAGGUCAUGCCAGGGUUUAUCAUACUUGUUAUUGACACCAACAUCCUCCUUUCUUCCUCUCCGUUGUUGCUAGCCUCAUCCAGUCGAUCCGUUGGACCAUCAUUAUCCCUUAGACUUUCACUGACAUCCAAGGGCAACUACCUCCAAACCCUCUCUGUUCAUGUUGAGAGUAUCAACUUCCAUGAUGAUUCCAACACAGACAAGACCAUGAAUGACUUGAUUCUGUGUUCCACAUCAUGGCAAGCUCAAAAGUUCAUCAAUCACCAGUUAUUCCUUCCUGGACUUCAAAGCAGCAUUAUGAUGCCCAUGCUCCCCAGCCCCAAUCAUGAUCGCAAGUGCCCAUUCUUGCCUGUGUGGCAAUCUCACAGGAAUGUUGCUAAUGGAUUACUAUUGCACAUGUUACCUAGCAUAGGCAGGAUAGCACAGGCAGAGGUGGUGGCAUUGCUAACCACAUUGCUGGUCAUGUCAGCUCAGGAGUGGGCUGUGUCACAUCAUGCUGCCACACAUGAGUGCAAUGUGGAACCACAAGCAUAG